AUGACUGAAUAUGAAAGUAAAAUGACAAAAGAACCUAACACAAAACCAGAACAGCAUAUAAGGGAAAAACGUAAUAUCAAUAGAAAACAUAGGUCAGCUUCUUCAAGUCCAUCAAGAAAUGCUUUAACUCUAAGCCUAUCAAAACGUUUUUCAGGAAUAAAGUUAGGUUCAUUAAAAGAAGGAUUAAUUGUUCCAGAGCAAUUUAGUGCAUUAGAACCUAUCCAUAUCAAAGUUAUCAACCAAAUUACUGACUGUGACACAUAUGAGAAACUUAAAAAAGUUAUAUCAACAUACAGUAUUCAAUUCUUUGAAAAACCACUAGAGAGUAAAGUUAUUUGUCCACGAAUGGUAAUUUGGAAAUUAGAAGAAACUCAUAGAAUGAUAUUAGAAGUAAUUUGUCGAUUAUUAAAAAAUAAAAAAGACAAAAAUGAAAUAUUAACAUCUAUUUUAUCUGAAAGUCAACCACAUAAUACUAAAUUUCUCCAACAAUUUGUUGAGGAUAUAUUCUCAAAUGAAAGUUUAUUUGAAAAAGAAGGAGAUCCUUCAUUUAAUGAUGAUGGAGAAAUUGUAACAAUUUCUAAAGAGUGUCUUAAAGAAAUAUUGUUUAAACCAGAAGGUAGUAAAGAGCUUGAUGAAUUAUUCUCUUUCACUCAACAAAAUUAUUUUACAGAAAAUGAAUUAAUAAAUCUACUUGAAUUAAAAAUAUAUGAAAUGAAUAUAAACACUGACUCUUGUUCAUCUUAUACUAAUGAACAAAUUUCAAAGUCAUUGGUAAUUCUUUGUGGAAUUAAUUCAUUUGGUUCUGACACACUCAGUCAAAUAAGAAAGAUACGAAUGAGUCAUAAAAAAGUAACUUUCAGUAGUUUUAGAAUUGCAAUAGAUCAAAGUACUGAUGAAGGUGUUAAAGCAACAUCAAAACCUGCACCAAAAAGAAUUCCUAUAAAAAGGUAUAAUUCUGCUUCAAAAAUUGAUCUUCGUCUUAAUACAAAAUUAGCAGAAUCACAAAUUCUUUCAACUGGAGAUAAAAAAUCUCCAAAAGAAGUUGAACUUUUAUCUCUUUCUAAAAUAACUACAGAAAGUUCUAAAGAUUUGCUUAUUUCUUUAUCAAAUGACUCAUACAAAGUUGAAGAAGGAAUUGUAAAUGACAAUAUAUUGGGAAUAGACUCUAAAAUUUUUGCAGAACAAUUAAUGAUUUAUGAUAUCGAUUUAUUUGGGAAUAUUCCUCUUAAAGAAAUAAUACUAAUUGAUAAAUCACCAAUUAUCAUUUAUGGUACUUCUAAGUUAACUCAAAUAGAAAAUUUAGUUAUCAAACAUUCUAAAACAAGAAACGGUAUUGAUUAUUUUAUAAAAGUUGCAUAUAGGUGUUUCAAAUUAGGAGACUUUAAUAUGGCUUUUAUCAUUUAUUCUUGUAUCGUUAGAGCAUCUUAUAAACAUUCUGAUGAAUUUGAAGUUUGUUGA